UCUCAUUAUAUGUGCAGUGAGAAGCUCUUCUCUGCUUGUGUGUGUGUGAGCGGUGGGCUGUGUAUCUCUCUGGCGGCAGCAGCAGCACAAGCAUCAGGACUGGUCCAGUGGAGGGCAGUCACCUCACUCUCUCCAGACUCCAGGACAGCUCAUGCUCGGGACUCAGGAAGCCCUCAACAAGCCUUUCUCUCUCUGUUUCUCGUUCUGUCUCUCUCUCCACUCUCACUAUCUCUCUGCCUCGCCGUGACGCAGUGUUUCUGACCUUCAUUCCCCUCGUGCACGCAGCGUGGGCCAGUGGGACAACCAUGGAGGACACCCUCACCUGCAGCCCCGCUACCUUUUCCCAGGUGUUCGGACGUCAGGGACAGCUCAUGCAGGCCACGGUCCAGUCUCUGAACAGUCUGAAUGACCAGAUAGCCCACUUCAUGAUGACCAGGCCCGGCACUCUGUCCCGGGAGGACGAGGCCUUCAUGCCUGAAGAGAGAGACACCUUGAAUAAGUCCAUGGCCCUGAUGAGGCACCUGCUCAUGGACACACAGGGGAAAAUCCUUAAAAUGAUGGAAGACAACAAGCAGCUGGCUCAGAGGAUCGAUGGGGCCAUCCAGUCUGCCAGUCAGGAGGUGACCAACCUGCGCUCGGAGCUGUCGGCCACCAGCCGUAGACUGGCAGAACUGGGGGCCAGCAGCCCCCCCUCGCCCCUGGAGAACAACCAUCAGCACCACCAGCACAACCACCACGACCAUGACAGCCUCCGCUACCGGGAUCCUGCCGGUCAUCACAGGCAGAAGUCGGUGGUGAGCGAUAUCUGUUACCAGACAGAGAUCUCCAGCCUCAUGGACUUUGGCACUCCAGACUCCUCGCUCGACAAAGUGUUGCUGCGUGAGGAGGUGGCCCAGCUGCAGGAAGAGGUGCACCUGUUGAGGCAGAUGAAGGACAUGUUGAGUAAGGACCUCGAGGAGACCCAGGGCGGCUGCUCCUCCCACCUCCUCUCUGCCACUGAGCUCCGCGUGCAGAUGGGAGACAAGGAGCAGGAGCUGGACCGCGCCAAAGAGGCGUUACAAGCUAUGAAGUCUGACCGUAAGCGUCUGAAGGUGGAGAAGGCAGACCUGAUGAACCAGAUGCAGCAGCUGUACACCACACUGGAGAGCCGGGAGGAGCAGCUCCGAGACUUCAUACGCAACUACGACCAGCACCAAAAGGAGAGUGAGGAUGCGGUGAAGGCCCUGGCUAAGGAGAAGGACCUGCUGGAGAGGGAGAAAUGGGAUCUGAGGAGGCAGACCAAAGAGGCCACAGAGCAGGCCUGCAUCCUGCGCUCUCACAUGGACAUGAAGGAGAACCGCAUCAAAGAGCUGGAGGCUGAACUCACCAUGGCAAAACAAUCCCUGUCCACGCUGACUAAGGAUGUGCCGAAGCGCCAGUCCAUGGCCAUGCCCUCAGAGCCGGUGGUGAACGGCAGUCAGGAGUGGGCGAUGCAGGGAGACCUGCCCCUCACCGCUGCCAUCCGCCAGAGCCAACAGACACUCUACCACGGACACACUGUGGACCGCCAGGCGGUGGUCAGGAUCAGUCCCUGUCACUCCCGCCAGCCCUCUACCAUCUCAGACGCGUCGGCGGCUGACGGGGAUCGGUCGUCCACCCCCAGUGACAUCAACUCCCCCCGCCACCGGACACACUCUCUCUGUAAUUCUAUGGAGGACCUGGAGGACCAGAAGCGUAAGACUAAGAAGAAGGAGAAGAUGAGUCUGGGCUCCCUCUCCCGGGUGUUUGCUCGGGGCAAGCAGCGCAAGUCAAUGGACCCGGGCCUGUUUGAUGACUCUGACAGCCUCUCCAGCCUAUCGACACAACAACACAGCCUAUCAGACGGAGAGGAGCAGCUGGACCGCCUCCAGCAGGCGGAGCUCACUUGGAACAUGCCCAUGUCACUGUGGAAGGCAGGGGCAGUACAAGCCUGGCUGGAGGUUGUCAUGGCAAUGCCCAUGUACAUCCGUGCUUGUUCGGAAAACGUCAAAAGUGGCAAGGUGCUGCUGGGGCUGACAGACGAGGACCUGGAGCUGGGACUGGGUAUCAGUAAGCCCAUGCACCGCAGGAAGCUACGCCUCGCCAUCGAGGACUAUAGGGAGGCAGAGGCUGGCCAGGGGCUAUCAAAGGCUGCAGAAAUGGACCAUCAUUGGGUUGCCAAAUCUUGGUUGAGUGACGUCGGGUUGCCACAGUAUUCCCAAGCCUUCCAAAAUCAACUGGUGGAUGGUCGUGUGCUCAAAUCCCUCAGCCGACGAGACCUGGAGAGACUCCUGAACAUCACCACCCAGUCCCACCAAACCAGCCUGCUCCUGGCCAUCCAGUUCCUGCAAAUGAUCAACUUCAACAAAGAGGUGCUGCAGGCUCGCCGGGCCCAGUGUGAGCACCAGAACCAGGACCCCGUGGUUUGGACCUGCCACAGAGUCAUGAAGUGGAUCAGAGACAUAGACCUAAAAGAGUAUGCUGACAGUCUCCAUGGCAGGGGAGUCCAUGGUGCUGUGCUGGCUCUGGACCCCUCCUUUGAUGCAGAUGCCAUGGGCAGGGCCCUGGGAAUCCCCAGCCACAAACACAUGCUCCAUCGGCACCUAUAUGAGGAGAUGAAGGCUCUCGCCAUCCCUGCCAGGCAAAGUAGUGUGGAGCAGGAUUGUGACGCAUCGGGAACACCUCCACAAUCACCUUCUGCUGUUAGCCGCUAUAACGAGGAGAGUGUGUCCAUGAGACGAAGACCAGUUAAGAGUCCUCUAAAGUUCAGCCCAAAGACCGCCAUUGGACGGGGCCUUGGUUACCAUGGCAGCUGUGGAUCUCUGCCCAGAGAGGCGCGGGUGCAGGCUGUGCCCAGGACGAAGGGCAGUCCCAUGCACACAUACAACAGUGUUGAGAUCACCAAUGUCUAAGCUAUGCAGAGCCACCAAGGAUUUCAAUGCAGUUUCCAUUUAGCCUGAGGUGGAUACUGGUGGUUGGACUCAGAACCAACAGAAUUGCUGUUUGUUGACAGUCUAAGUUUUCAUCUUAAUUUUUGGAAUUGAAAAUCUUUUUCAAUUUUAGAGACAUUUUCUUUCUUGUUCUACAGUAGAUGUCAAUAGAUCAGUGGACUUAAUGCCUUAUGUUUGAAUAGGCAAAACUAUGAACAUUUUGUAACAUUCUAAAUUCCACAUUGCAGCACUGGUGGCAUGUUUCCUUUCUAAGAAUGAACAUCACAACAUUUCUUUAUCUAGACAUCUCUUGUAACAUAUAUCAAGGAACAUUACGCUAAUAAUGAGUUUCCGCAUAUCAAACAAAAAAUAUUGACUGUGUAAAGGACAAAGUAACUUCUGGGCAUUAAAUCAAACCAUCCCAAGUCCAUGGAGGCUGAAAGUGGUCUGUUCCUGAUGUUGAUGAAAAUGUUGCCAUGCGAGGAGGACGCAUGGAGGGAGGACCUACACCUGAUGUCCUGGUUCUUUGAUGUCCAUGCCCUGUUUCCUGUAUCUCACUGCCUGGCCUGCCUCCCCCUGCAGGGGAGUGAUGUUGGCCUGGCCUGCCUGGGUUUCCUGGCUCAAAAGUUGCAGGUGUCUACUAGGAACUUGGACCCUAUUCAUAGCAGAGCUUUCUCUUUGUUCAAAUAGCUCAAAUGUGGCUAAGAGGUACAGAUAAAAAUCAAAUCAAAUGUUAUUUGUCACAUGCUUCGUAAACAACAGGUGUAGACUAACAGUGAAAUGCUGACUUACAGGUCCGUUUCCAACAAUGCAGAGUUAAAGAUACAUUUAUUUAAUAAAAAUACAGACUACAGUAUGAUAUGUUUGUCAUAAAUAUACUUGACUUUACUGAAAGCAAUAAAAGCACUUCACUUCCA